UGGUGUGCGCUCCGAAUCAUCAGUGGGCGCAGCAGGCGCAUGCGCAUUUAGUUGUCUAGUAGUGCGGCCUCCGACAGAGGGGGAUUCUUCCUGGAGACCCCCGAAAGGGGCGGGCGGAGCACGGAGUCAUCAUGCCGGUUGUCACCCUCCCCCCCAAGGAGAACAACCUCUUUAAGAGGAUCCUGAAAUGCUAUGAACAAAAGCAGUAUAAGAAUGGGCUGAAGUUUUGUAAGAUGAUCCUAUCGAACCCCCGCUUUGCUGAACAUGGAGAAACGCUGGCAAUGAAGGGACUGACGCUGAAUUGUCUGGGAAAGAAAGAAGACGCUUAUGAGUUUGUACGGAAGGGUCUACGCAGUGAUGUCAAGAGUCAUGUCUGUUGGCAUGUCUAUGGUCUUCUUCAGAGGUCCGACAAGAAGUAUGAUGAGGCGAUCAAGUGUUAUAGGAAUGCUCUUAAACUGGACAAGGACAACUUGCAGAUACUGCGGGACCUUUCAUUAUUGCAGAUACAGAUGAGGGACUUAGAGGGAUAUCGGGAAACCAGAUAUCAGCUUCUUCAGCUGCGCCCAAUGCAAAGAGCAUCAUGGAUUGGUUAUGCAAUCGCAUACCAUUUAUUGAAAGACUAUGAAAUGGCCUUAAAAUUGCUUGAGGAAUUCAGAAAGACUCAGCAGGUGCCUCCAAAUAAAAUAGACUAUGAAUAUAGUGAAUUAAUCUUGUAUCAGAACCAGGUAAUGAGAGAGGCAAACCAUUUCCAAGAGUCCUUGGAUCACAUUGAGGUUUAUGAGAAACAAAUCUGUGACAAACUUCAGGUGGAAGAAAUCAAAGGUGAAGUUUACUUAGAGCUUGGAAGAUGGAAAGAAGCUACUGAAGUAUUGAGAGAACUUAUUAAUCGUAAUCCUGAAAACUGGAAAUACUAUGAAAAUGUCGAGAAAGCUUUGCAUCCUGCUACCACUGAAGAACGACUUGAGAUCUAUGAAGAAUUCUGUGAGCGACAUCCAAGAGCAGUUUCCCCAAGAAGAUUAAUCUUAAACUUCAUUACAGGCAGCAAGUUUAGGGAACGAAUGGAUAAGUUCUUACGAAUUAACUUUAGCAAAGGCUGCCCGCCAUUGUUUACAACCAUAAAAUCACUAUACGGCUGUGCCGAGAAGGUAUUAAUUACACAGGAGCUUGUUAUUGGUUAUGAAACCUCAUUGAAAACAUGCGGCUUAUUUAACGCCAAAGACGAUGAGGAGCGAGAACCCCCCACAACCCUUUUGUGGGUUCGUUAUUUCUUAGCACAGCACUUUGAUAAACUUGGUCAGUGGUCGGUGGCAUUAGACUAUAUUAAUGCUGCCAUUGCCAGCACUCCGACAUUAAUAGAACUCUUCUAUAUGAAAGCUAAGAUCUAUAAGCAUAUAGGAAACUUUAAAGAAGCUGCCAAGUGGAUGGAUGAAGCUCAGUCUCUGGACACUGCAGACCGAUUUAUUAACUCCAAAUGUGCGAAAUACAUGCUGCGAGCCAAUCUGACUCAGGAGGCGGAAGAGAUGUGCUCCAAGUUCACAAGGGAAGGGACACCAGCCGUGGACAAUAUGAAUGAGAUGCAGUGUAUGUGGUUCCAGACUGAAUGUGCCGCUGCUUACCAGCGACUGGGAAAGUAUGGGGAAGCCCUAAAGAAAUGCUAUGAAAUUGAAAGGCAUUUCUUUGAAAUCACUGAUGACCAGUUUGAUUUCCACACAUAUUGCAUGAGGAAAAUGACACUGCGCGCCUACGUGGAUCUGCUGCGGCUGGAAGAUGUUUUGCGUCAGCACGCCUUCUAUUUCAAAGCGGCCCAGACUGCCAUCGAAAUUUACCUUAAGUUGCAUGAAAGCCCCUUAAUGAACGAGAGCAAAGAGCAGGAAGUGAAUUCAGAAAACCUUUCUGCGAAAGAGCUUAAAAAAGUGCUAAGUAAGCAAAGGAGAGCCCAGAAGAAAGCCAAACUACAAGAAGAGAGGAAACACGCUGAGAGAGAACGCCAGCAGAAAAAUCAGAAGAAGAAGAGGGAUGAAGAGGAAGAAGAGACCAGUGGACCCAAAGAGGAGCUAGUCCCUGAGAAACUGGAAAGGGCUGAAAACCCGCUAGAAGAAGCAAUCAAGUUCCUUACACCGUUGAAAACCCUUGCAUCUAACAAUAUACAGACGCACUUGUUGGCAUUUGAGAUCUAUUUCAGAAAAGGAAAAUUUCUCUUGAUGUUGCAGUCUGUGAAAAGAGCUUUUUCGAUCGAUAGAAAUAACCCAUGGCUGCAUGAAUGUUUAAUACGGUUCUCAAAAUCAGUUUCAGAUCACAGUAAUGUGCCUGAUAUAGUGUUUAAAGUGCUUUUACAUGAAAUGAAGAAUAUCUUUACCAACAAGAAUCUGGAAAGCUUCAAUGAAGAGUUUCUCAAAAACAAUUCUACCUCCAUUCAGCAUUUGCUUUCAGGAGCAAAAAUGAUGUAUUAUUUAGACAAGUCAAGACAAGAGAAGGCAAUAGCCAUCGCUACAAGACUAGAUGAGAAGCUGAUGGAUAGGAACGUGCAGAGUCUGACAAAGGCCUUGGAAGCACUUCUUGAUGGAAGCUUUGGAAGCUGCAAUACUCAGUAUGAGGAGUAUCGGGCAGCCUGCCAUAAACUUUUCCCAUUUACCCCUGCCUUUAUGCUGUCUGCAAAUGAAGACGACUGUAACACCGUACAGAUGAAGCACACAGCUCUUAACCAUGAUGUACUCUGCAAUGAGAUGUAGCACAACGACCAGACUUCAGGAAACAAAUGUUCAGGGUUCACAUGCAUUGGGAUGCAUGACGCAUAAGAAUGUGGUUUCGCUUUUUGACCAUGGCCUUUUUUCCCUUUCUUUCUGAGCCUCCCAAAGAAAGGCCGAUAUAAGACGUAGAUCAAGAUGUCUCAUAUGUACAGUUUUCAGCCUUCUAUUUGAAAUAUGGAAGGAGUUGUUAUUUUGCUGCUUCUUCUGCAAUACGGACAUUAAAACCGGGCAAAAUGCUUUCCUAGAAUAUUACAACCUCAGACUAAUACUGACUAUUUUGUGUCAUAUGUAGCGCUUCUAGUUGAGUAAAAUACUCUUAGCUUGAAGGUUUUUACAUUUUGGAGGUCGAUUUUAAAAACAGUUGUAAUUUCUAUGACUUUUUUUGAGUGAAUUGUUAUGUGUCAUUGACAGGCAGCACCGCUAUACUGCGUUGCUUGUCGGUGCAGUUCAGAAAUUAGAGAAACCUCAUGGAAGCAAUAUCAAUUGGAGGCGGCUCCAACUCUUGUGUGCUGUGAAGAGAUUUUUAAGGUUGAAUUUCUAUCCGUCAUCGCUGCCAUUGACUCACAAGCUUUCCCGUGUGAAGACUGGAUUUAAAGUAUAAGAGCUGCGCCCAUUUAUAAGACAGAUGAAAAAAUAUCAGGAAUUAAUCAAACAUUCUCAUCAAUCAUAUUUGUUAAAUUGCUCUGAAGUCACUCUUCAACAUCCAUGGACAAUCCUUCAAGCUUAAACACCAUAUUUUUAAAUCGAAAUAGGUUACAUUCUGUACUGAUUUAUUUGCCAAUAUAUUCAAUGCGGAGUCUGUCAGCAGUUUUGACUAUGCAAAACUGCUGACAGUGCUAGGUAGAGCCCCAGCAACAGCAGUACCAACAUACCUUUUGUGGAACUUUUCUUAUCAACUUUUAUUCUGCCAGAUUCUGCAAGUGAAGUACUCGCUACAUUUGGCUGCUUCAUACACCCUCCCCUCUGCUCUGAGUGACAGGUUGGACGAUGCAGCAGUCACAGCAGAGAGCACUUUACAGUGAAUCCCUGCUCCCUGGGCACUUGCAGGAGCAGAAUAAAAGUUUAUAUUCAAAGUGCUCCUGAUAAUAAAAGCUCUACAAAUGGUACAUAUUUACUGGUCCCCUGGCUAUCGCUGUCAGCAGUUUUGCAUGGUCAAACUCCUUAGGGUACUCUCACACUUGUGGCAGAGUGAUCCGGCAAUCUGCAUGCAAACGGACACCAUUUGUAGACGGAUCCGUCUCACAAAUGCAUUGCAAGAACAGAUCCGUCUGUCCGUUUGUCAAAU